ACUGGCAACUCUGAUAUCGGCGAACGCCAUGUUUGUUUCUUUUCCGUCAUUCCUUUGCCGCGGAGAGAUUUUUUAAGGUUAUUUCUUAUUCUUAUCUUGGCGUCUGUUUUGAUUCUCAAAGAAGUUCAUCUUGUUUUUAUGAAUACGCACUCUCUAGUUAAGCAUUAUAGACUCAAAUUGGUUAAUACGUGAUUGCAGAUAGCGUCGUGCAGCUGUAGCUAAUAUUAUAAUCGGCUAAUAUAUUUACCGAUUGACGGCGUUGUUUUUAUGAAAAUGGGCAAGAAAGUAAGAGAAUACAAGUCUGGCGACUUUAUAUUCGCCAAAGUCAAAGGAUACCCAGCAUGGCCGGCUCGAGUACAGAAACAGAAUGGCAAGAAGUAUUUCGUAUACUUCUAUGGCACUGGGGAGACCGCCAACCUGCCUCCGAACAUGAUAUUCGACUACGCUGAGAACAAGGACAAGUUCCUGAACAAGUCGGUGAAGCGCAAGGACUUCAACGACGGCGUGAAGCAGAUUGAGCACGACUUCGCUAAUAAUGUGCCUUUGGAGGAAGUCAUCGGAGCUUUAGCGGAGGCGGAACCAGCGCCCGCCGACGACAGCAUGAAUGAGACGGCCAAUGACACCGCCGACUCGGCUAUUGACACCACUGCUGCAGAUGAGACCAUGGACGAGACUGCGAACGACGGCCCCGUCGAGGACUCGGACGAUGCAGGCGCGUUGGUUAUUGACGAAGGAAAGCAGAAAGGCCGAAAGUCCUCCGCGAAGCCGGCGGCGACGCCCAAAGCUAAAGAACCCAAGACCCCGCGCGGCCGCCCCAAGAAGGAUGAUAAAGAGGAUGAGGAGGAAAAGAAGGACGAGGAGAUUGUUAGCAGGAGCGGCAGGAAGAUCAAACCUGGGAAGAGAUACAUAGACGAGCAGACAGACGACAACGCCACCCUGCCGUCGCCGGCGCCCAAGAAGCGCCGCGGGGCGUCGCCUAGCGCGGAGAAGGAUAAGGAGGUGAAGGAAAAACCGCAGGACAGGAAUAUUAAGGCGUACAACACCGUACAACAGUCGGAACUUCGGGAACUGAAGGAACCCUUCAAAAGUGCGGACCCAGAGAAGGAAAAUAUCCUGAUUGCCUACCUUCCCUCCGGACAGUACUGCGGAGUGAAAUUAUUCCAGUCCCGGCCUACUAGUUUCAAGAGCGAAGCCUCCAGGCUACAGUGGGACAAGCAAGCCGCUUCUAACGCCAUCACGCUUAAGAAACAGCUGGAAAAAGGUCAAAUCACACCACAGUCGAUAUCGGCGCAGCUCGUCAUGGAUCUGAACCUGACCGACGACGACCGACAAGCACUGGACAGGGACAGAGAUCUGGAGGUAAAGAAGUCCCGCCUGCACUUCCUGAAGACAGAGAUGAAGCUGAUCGAGCUGGACGCCAAGAUCAAGACUUGUCUCAGCUUGGAGAAGGCUGACACUGAACUCUGUCUCAAGCUGAUUGAUGAGAUCCUUGAGCUGGACCUAGCCGCCCUGAUGCUGCUAAAACACCCGACGUGCAUGGAGACGGUGAAGCGCAUGCGCGUGUACGUCGGCAACGCGCCCUCCUGGGAGAUGAGCGAGGCCGAGGCGCUCACGUUCAGCAAGCAGGCGCACCGCAUCCGGAACAAGGCCGACGCACUCUUCAUCACCAUGAGGGACUUAUUCCACGUACCCGAAGGAGUUUCCUUCUGGGAGCUGUUCAACGAGCGUGUGGCGCAGUUCAAGGCGGCCACGGAGACCCUGCACGCGGACAAGCUGCUCGAGAUGGUGCACGAGCCCAUCGAACUGUCCCAGCCAAUCGCUCACACGAUGAAGGCGGCGGUGGACGCGGCCAACGAACAGGAGGCUGCGGAGUCAGACGACGCUGACAAGAAGAAGAAAGCCACCCCAGCUAAAGGCAAGAAGCCUAACAGCACUCCAUUGAAACAACCCCUCAAGCGCGGACGAAAACCGGCACAAGAAGAGAAGAAGGAAAUGGAAGAAGAAGACAAAGCUGAAGAGCCAGACACCAACAAACCUAAUGAAAACGAUAAAGAUGAUUCAGAGCCAAAGGAAAAUAAUGAAAAUGAAAAAUCUAAUGAAGCGGAAAAGGCAAACGAUGACGCUGCCGAUAAAGAAGUGGAGAGAGUUAAUGAAAACUCUGAGAAUCAUGAGAAUGAGGAAAAAGGCGAAGGUGACAGCGAGAAGAUUAAAGACGAUGCGAAAAAGGAAUCUAAUUCUAAAGAGAAGACUAAUGAUGCAAAAAAGGAAUCUAAUUCUAAAGAGAAGACUAAUGAUGCAAAAAAGGAAUUUAACUCUAAAGAGAAGACUAAUGAUGCAAAAAAGGAAUCUAACUCUAAAGAGAAAGGUGAUGUUAGUAAAACAAAUGACAAAGAUGAAAUAGAAGAUGAGAAUGACAAGGAAAGCAAAAAGGAGAGUGAAAAAAAUAGCGAUAAGUCUAAAGAUAAUGGUAAAAAUAAAGAGAAAGGUAAUGAAGCUAAGAAUGGGAAGGAUAAGCCGAAGCCGGGGGACAAGAGGAAUAAGAGUGAGAAGGAACCGUCGGUGGAGAAAGAGAAGGUUGAUGACGAGCCUAGGGCCAAGCGAUCGAGAGAGAGCAAGAAGACUGAGCCGCCGCCGCGGUCACCGGCCAAAAGGAAGUCCCGGUCCUAAGCCGCUUACAACUUUAACGGAAUUAUUCUCGCCACUACAGUGGCCACUUGACUGACACCUUUUGCACAAACACCAUUCUAUUACAUCUAUAAUCCAAACUAAUAAAUGUUAAAGCUGUAAGAGACGGGCGUACCGAACCCCGAACUUGGUCCGGUCCGAGGCCUGUUUGAUCGUGUGUAUGGUGGUCCAGGGUACGUCCGUUAUUCAGUGCCAGCUCAAGCUACGUCCUACAAGCAUGGCUAGUGAUCCAAAAAACUCGAGCCUUUUAGCUCUUUUUUUUAGGGCUCGCCUCAACUCUUGACGCCUAAAAGGCUAAAAGCCUUUUCAA